AUGGAAGAUGAAAGGUUGCUAUCGAUUGUAAAAGAGUUGGGAGUUAAACAUUGGAAACUAAUUGGUAUAAAACACGGUUUGAGAGAUGGAAAGCAAUGUCGCGAAAGAUGGCAUAAUCAUCUUAAUCCCAAUUUAAUAUAUGGUCCAUUGACACCUAAAGAAGACGAAUUAAUAUUGUAUUAUUACUCAGAAAUGGGAACAAAAUGGGCCGUAAUGGGUCAUUUAUUAGAUACAUCACAAAAACAACAAAAACGGAAAAAACGAAAAUUUAAAAAAAUUCCCUUGAAUCAUCAUCAAUCUACCGCCAUCACCACUGUCAGCACCAACACUACCAAUAAUAGUCAUAAUUUCAUUCUUAGAACACCUAAUAUUAGUGUUAAUUCUAGGUAUAAUAAUUUGGAAUGGCAUAGUAGAAAGGAGUGGAUGGCCACAAGAGAUAGUUUUAUAUUUUCGAUGGAUAAUAGAAAUAAAGUGAUAAAUUGUAUACUUAGUAGAGUGAAACGAUCCAAUCGAGCUAUUUGGGGUGCCCAAAGAAAUCCUUGUUUCAGUUUUGAUUUACAAUGGUUUAAAGGAAAAUGCUUACAAAGUUCCUAUGAAGCUAAAAUAACUGACAAAGAAGAUUUUAAUAUUAUUGAUUACGAAGUAUUUCAAGUAAUAACGAACAUUGAUUAG